UCCCACUCGGACGGCUUCGCGGCUUCGAAGCCAUGGAGGUGUUUGUCGUCUUCCCCCGGCUCUACCAUCCGUCACGGACGGCAUUCGUGUUGACCAACGACGAGUACUGCGAGUGGAUGGAUCAUCUCAUGCUCCCAGCCCUCGCCCAGACACUACCCCAAGAGACCAUCAGCCGGCUUCCAGGGAGUGGGGAGGAGGCGAUCCAACGGGGGACGGCGGCUGCGACCGAGGGAGCCACAGCCUCAACUCACCAGC